CUGCUGCCGCCGCGUCCCAUCACCAUAACCAACUCCAUCACCAGCCCCAAAUGCCCAUCAUCAUCAGCGACAGCAUCAGGAGGCUGCUGAUACACCGAUCGGCAGCUCACCUCCAACGGGCUCAGCUAGAGGUGGCAGCUCUACUCCAUCAUCUCCCUGAGAUAGAGUAUAGAAAAGGAGCUGUCUCUCCAGGCUCUCUUGAAAUUUUCUGGAAAUUAUUUAAAGCCUUUCCCAUGUUCCUUUUCUUUAACUUAUAUCUAGCUAUACCCUUUCACGCCUCACGAUCUCAUCUCUACCUUAACGUAAAAUGUGCCUGGCAGGUGUUUUGGGAUCGAAACAACGAUCGAUAUGCUUCGUCGCAGCCUGUUAAUAAGUACUCAUCGCUUGGCACUCGGCACCGAAGAGAGAAGGCGACGCUUCUCGUCCCAAGGAGAAACCAUUACCUGGGGAGGUGUGCUGUAAAACUGUUUGAUGAAUUUCAUAAUGGCCAUUUUCGGUCUGCCCCCCUAUAUAUAUUCGGUGACUCGGAUGCGAUAUACUUUACGAGCGUUACUCGUUUUCAUAUGCAAAAAUCCGGGUAA